AUGGCAGACGGAAAGAUGGCAGAAGGCAAAAUGCUGGCCCAGGUGGCUCCUGCCCAAACUGCCUCAAAACCGAAGCAGGUGCAUUACCCGUUUUGGUUUGGAGGGUCGGCCUCAUGCUUUGCUGCGGGCGUGACACACCCCUUGGAUCUGGUUAAGGUUCGCCUGCAGACACGCGCGCCAGAUGGGCCACGGACAAUGGUUGGAACUUUCGCACAUAUCGUGAAGAACACCGGCUUCACAGGUCUUUACAGCGGUCUGUCAGCCGCAAUGCUACGACAAAUCACAUACUCGACCACACGCUUCGGCAUCUACGAAGAAUUAAAAUCGCGAAUCGCGAAACCCACCGCAGACUCCCCAACCGGCUCACCGAGUCUCCUUACUUUGAUCGGCAUGGCCUCCGCCUCGGGCUUCAUUGGCGGGAUUGCAGGUAACCCAGCAGACGUCAUGAAUGUGCGCAUGCAAUCAGACGCUGCUCUUCCCCCGGCCCAGCGCCGCAACUACCGCCAUGCAUUCCACGGUCUGGUGCAAAUGACCAAGACCGAGGGCUUCAGCUCUCUCUUCCGUGGCGUGUGGCCAAAUUCCACCCGUGCCAUUCUCAUGACUGCCUCGCAGCUUGCUUCUUACGAUACAUUCAAGCGCAUGUGCAUCGAGAAGGCUGGUAUGGCCGACAACCUGGGCACCCACUUCACUGCCUCUUUCAUGGCUGGCUUCGUGGCCACCACCGUAUGCAGCCCCGUUGAUGUGAUCAAGACGCGCAUCAUGAGUGCUUCUCCUGCUGAGAGCCGUGGCCACACCAUCGUGGGUCUUCUCCGUGACAUUUGUCGCAAGGAGGGCCUCGGUUGGACUUUCCGUGGCUGGGUUCCCAGUUUCAUUCGAUUGGGACCUCACACCAUUGCCACUUUCUUGUUCCUCGAAGAGCACAAGAAGCUAUACCGCAAGCUCAAGGGCAUUUAA